CCUCUCCCGUGACCUUUGACCCCCGCGCUUACGCUUCACGUCAUCGGGGAGCGACGGGGCGGGGCGGGGGCUCGCUCCGUGACGUCAUUGGACCGCGCCCGGAAGAGGCGCUUGGAUCCCGGAGCCUCGCGCAGAGUCACCCCAUGGAGCGCCGCCGCCAGCUGAUCUCCGACGCCCUGAAGGCCAAGAAGCGGCGCCUGCAGCCGGGACCGACCCCGGGGACGCGACAGCCGGACACACCGGAGGGCCCCGGGGCGGUGGAGUCGGCUCUCCGGUAUCUCGCCUCUCUCUUCCCUCGCCAGCUGUUCGAGGACGCGCUCCCCCCCCUCGUCCUGAAGCACCAGCUCUACAGCCUGGUGAGGGAUCGCACGGCCGUGGACAGGCAGCUGAGCCAGCUGAAGGACGAGGGGCUGAUCCGGCUCUUCCAGCUAGGAUUUGACUCUGACGUCUUCGGGGUGGCAUUCACCCAGGACUACAUGGCCAAGGUGCUGCAGUCUGUGGCAGGGAAGGAGCACGCCGGGACGGUGCGCCAGUUCUUGGAGACGGCAUUCGCCACCUGUCUUGAACUCAGCUACGACAAUGGCCGCAUGCAGAGGGACUUUGGCUUCCGGGACCCGGACAUUACGCAGCUGGUAAAUGCCGGGGUCCUGACCGUCCGUGACGCUGGCAGCUGGUGGCUAGCCGUGCCUGGAGCCGGGCGCUUCGUUAAAUGCUUCAUCAAAGGACGCAAGGCCGUGCUGGGGAUGAUCCAGAAGGCCAAGUACAAGGAGAUUUUGCUGUCUGAUCUGCAGGGCCGCCGGGCUCCCAGCACCGUGAAACUGGGGCUUCCAUAUCACGUCCAUGACCUUAUCGGGGCCCAGCUGUCGACUGCAUCCCAGCACUUCCUGGGACCCUGCUGCGAUUGGCUGACUCCUAACCUGAGGAGCUCCGGGAGAUCAGUGCCAAGGACUGACUGACGCUUGGGGGCGGAAGGGGCUCACCUUGGCUGCCUGCCGUGGGGACUGGGUUUCCCAUCAUGCAGCGGUGCUCAGCCCCUCUAGGGCCCCUGCAGUGACUGUGGGUCUAGGCGGUUUAAUUAUUUUGUGGAUCAAGGUUGCACUUGGGGAGGUGGGAUAAAAUCCGGGGCCUGGCCCGUGGGACUUGGGGGGAGAUACAGUGAGAUUUGAGCCACACCCUGGCUGCGGUUCAGCGGAAGAGGCCGUGGAGGGUAAUAAAUGGGGGUUUCUCUGCU